ACAGUCUGCAUCUACAUACAACAUGGAGUAUUUUAGAAUAGAAGAUGAUGCAUGGAGCCCACAAAUGCAAAAUGGGGAAGAAAGGGCUGUGAUGCAUUGCAUUGUCUUAAUCUUACAACCAACCAGAUCAACAGUCGAUGAAAUCAACAGGUACAUUAUGAUCUGGAUAAUGAUGCCCACAAAUCUAUUCUGGCUUCACUGGUUGCCUAAUAUUCGAGCGAAAACAGAUUCGACUUAUUUUGGACAAAAAGGUGCUAAUAUUCUAAUCUACACUUUCCCGAUCCUGUUUAUCGCUAUUUUGGGAUGUCUAUACCUUCAUUUGGAUAAGUACGGCGAUGAUACUGCAGAGAGAAAGCAUUCAUAUCGUACCUCGUUGAGUCAGCCAGUUAUUGUGAAGGGCCCUCUUGGUAUUGUUUCCGGGAUAGAAGUGUUCUUUCUGGUAGCUUUUGUGUCGCUCUUGGUAUGGUCGAUUUCUGCCUAUAUGUAUCAAAUGUUCAAGAAUAUCAGUAAAGAAUCUGCUUCGAAGAUGGAGGAGUCAGUGUGGGAAGUAAGGCUAGAAAGUGUUGCUCUCCUGCUUGGCCUGGUCGGGAACAUAUGCUUGGCUUUCCUCUUCUUCCCGGUGGCACGUGGAUCUUCAAUCUUGAGACAAGUUGGCCUUACAUCGGAAUCCUCCAUCAAGUACCACAUUUGGCUUGGCCAUACUGCUUUGGCACUCUUCACAGCGCACGGUCUGUGCUUCGUGGUAUUUUGGGCAUCUACACAUCAGAUUUCGGAGGUGCUGAAAUGGGAUAAAGUUGGGCCAUCGAAUGUGGCGGGAGAAGUAGCAUUACUAUCUGGAAUAGCUAUUUGGAUCACGAGCCAGUCUCCUGUCAGGAGAAAGUUGUUCGAGCUCUUCUUUUACACCCAUCAUCUGUACCUUGUUUUCAUCCUUUUCUUCAUUUUCCAUGUCAGCUUUUCUUAUUCUUGCAUCAUGCUCCCCGGGUUCUACCUCUUCCUCAUUGACCGGCUCCUAAGGUUCUUGCAGUCUCAACAAAGAGUUAGCUUGAUCUCCGCUCGCACCUUACCUUGUAAUGCAAUAGAACUCAACUUCGCAAAAGAUUCAAGGCUAACUUACAACCCGUCAAGCAUUAUCUUCAUCAAUGUAAAGAAUGUCUCGAAGCUACAGUGGCAUCCAUUCACAGUUACAUCAAACCACAAGACGGAUCCUGAUCAGCUCAGCGUUGUUGUCAAGUGUGAAGGAAGUUGGUCUAAGAAGCUUUACGAAAUUCUUUCAUCUCCAACACCAGCAGAUCGUCUGGAAGUCUCCAUAGAAGGCCCCUAUUCACCUGCACCGAACACAUAUUUAAGGAGCCAAGCACUAGUAAUGGUGAGCGGAGGUAGCGGUGUUACACCUUUCAUAUCAAUCAUCAGGGAACUCAUUUAUCUUUCAAACAUGAAUCAUAAGAUACCAAGAUUACUCCUUGUGGCUGUUUUCAAGAAAUCAGCUGACCUCUCAAUGUUGGACUUCAUCCUCCCAUUAUCCGGAACUUCUCAGGAUGCUUCCCGAUUGCAGUUACAAAUAGUAGCCUACAUUACCAGGGACAGAAGCCCCUCUACAGACAACCAGAAACUUCCCAGGAGCAUUUUCUUUAAAGGAAGUGAUUUAGAACAGCCAAUUACAUCAGUUUUAGGCCCAAACAGCUGGCUCUGGCUUGGAGCAAUCAUCUCAUCCUCCUUCGUUAUUUUUCUUCUUCUGCUUGCACUGGUUCAUCGAUACUACAUAUACCCUAUUGAUCACAACAGUAACCAGAUAUAUUCACAGGCUGCAACAUCAACAAUCAGUUUAGUGUUUUUGUGUGUGUCUGUGAUGAUUACAGCAACUAUUUCUUUUCUUUGGAACAAAAAACAAUAUAAGAGGAUUACAAGGCAGAUUCAAACCACAGAAACCCCAACUCCCACGGCAACUCCAGCAACAGAAUCAUGGCAUUACAUGGUAGAUAGAGAACUAGAAAGUGUUCCACAUCAAUCAUUCACAGAAGCAACUGAAGUGCAUUAUGGUAAAAGGCCUAAUUUAAAGAAUAUUCUAUCCGAGUGCAAGGAAUCAAAUGUCAGUGUGCUGGUCAGUGGCCCAAAGAAGAUGAGACAUGAUGUAGCUGCAAUAUGUUCAUCUAGUCUGGCCAAAAACUUGCAUUAUGAAUGCUUCAGUUUUAACUGGUGA